AUGACUUGGCUGUUGAGAGAACCUCCUCUUCCAAACAUUGAACGCCUCAAGCAAGAAGGAGCAUUUCCUCAGGAUCCUCUAGAAAAUUCAGGAAGCAGAGGACUGAGGAAAGGCCUCCUGAAAGGGACUCUGCAUGUUGAUAAGUUCCUCUUUUAUCUGUUGGAAGUGUGUGGAGAAGCAAAGGGCAGUGCAGAAGAUGAAGGCGAGGCUCAGGCUGGCUGGAUUGAGGGAGCAGCCAUCCUCUUCUCAGUUAUUAUUGUGGUAUUGGUCACAGCCUUCAAUGACUGGAGCAAAGAGAAACAAUUCCGGGGUCUGCAGAGUCGCAUUGAGCAGGAGCAGAAGUUUACUGUCAUCCGUAAGGGACAAGUGAUCCAAAUUCCUGUAGCUGAGAUUGUGGUUGGAGACAUUGCUCAAAUCAAAUAUGGGGACCUGUUGCCAGCAGAUGGCAUUUUGAUCCAAGGAAAUGAUUUGAAAAUUGAUGAGAGCUCUCUGACUGGGGAAUCUGACCAAGUGAAGAAAUCUUUGGAUAAAGACCCUAUGUUGCUUUCUGGCACUCAUGUAAUGGAGGGCUCUGGUCGAAUGGUGGUGACUGCUGUGGGUGUCAACUCACAGACUGGAAUAAUUUUUACUCUUCUGGGUGCCGGAGAAGGGGACGAGGAAAAAAAGGUCAAGAAAGGUAAGAUUCAUAAGCCAUUCUUUAUGUUGGUAGCAUGAAGUUCCUUAGUGGACUGACAUUGGAAGUUUUUGAGUUUUAUAAGGAAAACAAAACCCUGAAGGUUCAAGCAUCUUAUUGUAAACUCAAUAUGUAAUCAGUACAGUGCAUGCCAGAGAUUA